UUUGUUUUAGCUGAAUCUCCAAAAAUACGCAAUCAUUUACAAAUCAACAAUAAUUGUUCAAGUAGCCCAAGAGGAGUAGAUUUUCAAAGUAAAAUGUUUAAUAACCAACUUUUCAUUAAAUAUGAAAUUAAAUCAAUAAAUGAAAAAUUGGACAUUUUGUUACAAAAUUUUGAAAGGUUAGAAAAUUUGAAGGUACUUGCCACUACAGAAAAUAGCUCCACAACUGAUUAUUCAGCUAUGGAUUGUAUCUUCCCUAUUGAAUUGGAGACUGAUUUAGAAAGUGUGAAUGUGCAAAUUUUAUCAGAUUCUACUUACCAAAAAAAACUGAUUAAAGAAUUUUCAUUAUUGGGUGGAGGUAAUGUAAGAAAAAUAUUAAAACGAAUAAUGACUAAACUAUUCAGUGAUAAAGUAUUGCAGCAUUACUCAUAUGUUAGUAGAGGUUUAAAAGGGAAAACAAAUUUUAGCCAAUUACUAAUUUGUAAGGUUGUAUUUGACUCAAUUGUCAAAAUUCCAAAAUAUGAAAAUUGUCUACAAGAGGUUGAAGACAAAAUAAAAAUAUAUUUAACUCGAGCGGCGCCUUUUAGGUUAAAAAGAUCACAUAAAAAAAAUUAGGUAUUCAUUCUGAUAUAUGUAGGUGUAAUU